CAAUCUGACCAAGUGGCAUUUCACAACCAAUCUAGAUCAGGUUCUGGAGAGAAUUCAGUAACUCAACUUCCUGUGGUCAUCAUUACAUUCAUGAUGAAUAAUAAAAGGUUCCUGGAGAGCCGUGGUUAUACAUUUAAGAGCAACCUGGGAGAGGGCAUGUAUGGCAAAGUUGUGAGUGCAUACUCAACCCGACUGAAGAGAAGGGUUGCCAUAAAGGUUAUAGACCAAAAAAAGGUCAAUUCUAGUUACUUGGAAAAGUUUCUAUCUCGGGAAAUGGAGAUCAUCAGGUCUUUGAACCACCCCAACAUUGUCAAGACUCUUGACAUCUUUGAAUCUCACACAAGCAAGGUCUAUGUGGUGAUGGAGCUCUGUGUGAAAGGAGACCUCUUGAAGCUUAUCAAUGUCAAGGGGGGCUUACCUGAACAUUCAAGCUGCAGGCUUUUCACACAGCUGUGCGAGGCGGUCCAGUAUCUUCACAACAGUGACGUGGCCCACAGAGACCUUAAAUGUGAAAACCUGCUGCUGGACACACAUCACAACCUCAAAGUGUGUGACUUUGGGUUCAGCAAGAGACUCACUUACGCAGACGGGCGGAUUGUGCUGAGUGAAACCUACUGUGGCACCUCGUCCUACGCAGCACCUGAGAUUUUGAGAAGUUUUCCAUACAACCCCAAAGUGUCUGAUGUGUGGAGUAUGGGAGUUGUGCUGUAUAUGAUGCUCUAUGCAUCAAUGCCCUAUGAUGCCACCACCAUUAGGAGGAUGGUGGGAAUUCAAAUGCAGCAUAAUAUCAACUUCCCAAGCAUUCCGUCUGUUUCGUCUGAGGCAAAAGACCUUAUCCGAAGUAUUCUGCACCCUGUUGUGGAGCAGCGGAUUACAAUCAGCAACAUAUUACAGAGUUCCUGGAUGUUGCAGGUAGGGAGAAUGAAGGACAGUGAUGAGGCUGCCACAUCAAACGCUGGCCCUGGGCAGGAAGGACCUCCAGAUGAAAAGGCCAAAGUGAAUGAGAAACUUUCAAAAGACGAUUCAGAUCCAGUGGAAGGACCAUCAACUGCUGCCCCAAGACAGUGACAUCACAUUGAAAAUUAGAAGCUGACAAAACUUGAAAUAAAUACAUUCAUUAACACUCUUUUUAAAAAGCAACCAGCUGCAAAGUGUUUGAGUUUUCUCAAUUGUCUGUGUGACGGCUCUCCCACUGUCUCGGAGGCUGCCAACCUCAGCACACCCCUGGUUGACAGCGGAGGGGCCUUGCUGAUUAAGCUCAC